AUGGAUGCCUCAAACAAGGCGAUCUACGUUGAGAAAGGUGUAGAUGUGUCUUUUGGAAUUGACAAUGUCUCCUCUAGAUACGCAUCCAAGACCAGAUCGACCUCGCCCGCCUUGUCAGAUGCAUCCUCGUGUACUCUGAGAGAAAGUUCACCAGAGCCAGAAACAGGGGCAAAUCCCGUAUCAACAGAUUCCACGGUACUCGACGCCAAUCCUUCUUUCAAAUCUCUCUCCAUAUCACCCGAGACACCUGACACACCUGUGACACCAACCAAGAAACGACCCUUGGAGGAAAGUGAGCUAUCUUUCACGAAUUUGGAGAUCUUUAAUGCUUCCAAACGCCACAAUGGAACUUCAGUCGCAGCAUUUCGUAGUACAUGUCACAUGAAUGCUAGACCUUUUCAGUCCCGCAACAUCCCACAAGCUGCUUCGCUCAAACAGAGAAUCCCACUAAAUAGCCUUCGUACUCACCAACCCAAUCACCAGACCGCAGACUCUCAGAUUUCAGAUCAGUCCAGAGCUGCUCGCGCUGAUACCAAUACCCUUCGCCAGGAUUCAAUUAUCGCAGCCCCAAAGGAAAUCAUAAAUCUUGACGAGGAAGAUGACCUCCCCGCUUUUCAAACCCCUGCCGGAGUCGAAGUCAUUGAUCUAGACGAGUACGAGAAAGAAAAUGAGCUCGAGGAAGAUAUCUUUGGCAUUGAGCAACAUGCUGAGCCCCAAAACAACUUCCAGCGUGCUUUUCUUGCCGAUAGGAACCCUGAGAUCGUACCUCCCAGUGUAGAAAUUCCAUCAGCAGCGUGGAAAUCCAGUCUUCUCAGACCCGAGAAAACAGUAGAGCUGAAGAACGGAACCUUUCUAAAGAUCAAAACAAUCGUCAAGAAUCUCGCAAGUGACGAAAUUUCAAUCAGAGGCUGGAAACUCGUACGUACACGAGAUCCAAUGCUUGGUGGCAUUGUAGGAAAGAAGAGAAACGAACUUGCAUUUAUUCAUGAGGUGGACAGGGACGACAAACGAGACGUAUGGGAGCAAUCUGUACACACGAUUCGAGUCGAUGAGGUUUUGAAGAUCCGUCGCUUAAUUUGUAUGAAUAGACUUCUGCCGGAAUGUAGAUACGAUAAAGAUGAUAUUCCUGUGGAGAUUCAAAGUAAAGAAGAGAGUGAGAUAUUGAAAUAUAUAGAGGAGGAGAUGGUAUUGGUGGCGAGAAUUGUUUUUGUGGCUAGAUAUCCAAAUGCAGAAGCGAGAGUAAGGAAAGGUGUACUUGUGGAUAGACCACGAGAAUCGGGAAUUCUGAGAUCUCUGCAGAAGAAAGAGUGUACCGAAGGUUAUUUCAUUGAUCUGGAUGAGAAAAAGAGGGGGUGGAGAGGAGAAACUAUUUUGGGCGGCUCAGGAAACCUUGAUAAUGGGGGGAAUGGAUUCAGCUUUACUUCCCAAUACACAUACGGCGAUGGAUAUUGCGGAGCAGGCGGUAUGACCCGCGGCGCUGCAUCCGCUGGUCUCAAAAUUAAAUGGGGCUUCGACUUCAAUCCUCACGCAGGCGAGACCUGGCAAAAGAACUUCCCCUCCGCAAAAUUCCACCUCUUACCCGUCAACGAAUUCGCCGCUCUCCCCGAUCCCCACAAGAAACUCUGGGUCGAUAUCCUCCACCUCUCUCCUCCAUGUCAAGUUUUCUCGCCCAUCCACACGUGUCCAGGACGUAAUGAUGAAAUGAACUAUGCGGCUCUCUUUGGCGUUAUGGCUGCGAUUGAAAAAGCGAGACCGAGAAUCGUGACGCUGGAACAAACUUUUGGGAUUUUGCAUCCAAAACAUAAAGAUGCUUUUAAUGGACUUAUUGCCUGUUUUACGAAUUUGGGGUUUGAUGUUUCGUGGAAGGUGGUGAGGCUUCAGGGAUAUGGGACGCCGAGUCGAAGGUCGAGAUUGAUUAUUCUUGCGUCUUGUCCAGGAGAACCCCUCCCCCACAUGCCCCAAUACACCCACCACGACCCGCACCUCCUCCUCCCCUCUCAAACCCCCUACCUCACCCCCAACGACGUCCUCUCCACCAUCCCCCGCAACGCCCCCAACCACGACCCCUCAAGCGAAAGACUUCAUCGCACAACCUACACUCCCUGGAACGGCAACACCAUCUGCCGCGCGAUCCUCACCAGCGGGGCCGGCGUCGGUCUCCCGAACGGUACGCGCGGAAUGACGAAUCGAGAACUCGCUGCGCUGCAGGGAUUUCCGCUCAACCAUGUUUUCUAUGGCUUCGAAAUUAAGAAACAAGUGGGUAAUGCGGUGCCGCCAAUUUUUGGGAGGAGGCUGUUGGAGAGUGUGAGGAGACAGUUGGAGAGGAGGGAUGGGUGGGUGAGGGGAGAGGGCAUUGUGAUUUGUUCUGAUGAGGAAUAG